AUUACAAUUUUAAUAAGACAUGUAAUUAAAACUAUAGCGUAAAGAAUGUAUUGCUUCAAUCAAAUUGCAUUUUGGAAGCCUUUGGAAACGCAAAGACCAAUAGAAAUGAUAACUCGAGUCGUUUCGGGAAAUAUAUGGACAUUAACUUUGACUUUAAAGGCGAUCCAUUGGGUGGACACGUCUCUAAUUAUUUACUUGAAAAGUCCCGAGUUAUAGGACAACAAACAGGCGAAAGAAAUUUCCACUCAUUUUACCAGUUAUUAAACGGCUCUCCAGAGGGGUUGUUAAAUAAGUUGGGACUUAAACGAGAUCCGAGUCAUUACUAUUACCUCAAACAAGGAGGAAGUUUUAAAGUCGAUUCGAUUAAUGAUAAAACCGAUUAUAAAGGAGUGGAGAAUGCGAUGAGAGUAUUGAAUUUCAAU